GUCAGACUCGUGUUGGGCAGUGAUCUGAAGCGGAGCGGAGUGAAUCACAGCUGCAGUCAGUCCGCGGAGAGGACUCAUCACGCAGCGGGGGGAUCCCACCUGGAAGCGCGAAUGUUGCCACUGUGACUGGGAACAAGGCUCCAACAACUGUCCCCACGUCAGGCGAUCUCGGAACAUACUGCCUGAUAGUGGGCAACGUAUUUCUGAAGUUUAGUUUGGAUUAGUUAGUUAGUGCGUCUCCGCGGCAGAAUGGAGGGAUUUACACCUUUCCUCCACGUGAUUUCCGUCGCACUACUUGUCGCCGCCGUCUCAUCGAACAAGUUCAAUGUCCCGCGGCUGAGAAUAUCACAUAAAGACCUGCUGUCCACCAACAGGUCGUCCAUCUUCAGCGGGCAUCAUGACCAGCUCUCUCUUACCGCCGUCUUCCUGGACGAGUACCGCGACCGCCUCUUCCUGGGGGGGAAAGAUAUCCUCUACUCUCUCAUGCUGGGACCCGUCAGCACCGAGUCCAAAGAGAUCCACUGGCCUCCAUUACCUGGCAACAGAGAGGACUGCAUUCAAACGGGGAAGGAACCACAGACGGAGUGUGCCAACUUUGUCCGUCUCCUGCAGCCGUUCAACCGCACCCACAUCCUGGCCUGUGGCACCGGAGCCUUCCAGCCCAUGUGUGCCUUCGUCUACGUGGGGCACAGAGGAGAGCACGUGUUCACCAUAGAUCCUACGAAUGUGGAGAAUGGAAGAGGCAAAGUUCCACAUGACCCCAGCCUGCCAUUCGCUAGCACCUUCACUGGUGGCGAGCUGUAUACAGGACUGACGGCGGAUUUCCUUGGGAGGGACUCUGUGAUCUUCAGGAGCAUGGGAGCUCGCUCCACCAUGAGAACCGAGACUGACCAGAAACUUCUCCACGACCCAAAGUUCAUCGCUGCCCACCUCAUCCCAGACAACGACGAUAGAGACAACGACAAAGUGUAUUUCUUCUUCACUGAGAAGGCCACGGAGCCGGGGGACAGGGAGGGGGCCAUACACACACGAGUCGGACGAGUUUGUGCGAACGAUGUCGGAGGCCAGAGAGUUCUGGUGAACAAAUGGAGUACCUUCAUCAAGGCCAGACUGGUCUGCUCCGUGCCAGGACCUCACGGCAUCGACACACACUUCAACCAACUCGAGGAUGUGUUCCUGCUGAGGACCAAGGACGAGAGGAACCCAGAUGUCUAUGCAAUCUUCAGCACCAUCAGCAAUGUGUUCCAGGGCUUUGCCGUGUGCGUUUACCGUAUGGCCGACAUCAGAGAAGCCUUCAAUGGACCCUUCGCUCACAAGGAGGGCCCCGACUACCAGUGGGGGGCCUACGAAGGGAGGGUGCCCUAUCCAAGGCCAGGCGUGUGCCCGAGUAAAAUCACCAACCAGCCAGGCAGAGAGUUUGGCAGCACCAAGGACUUCCCGGAUUCAGUGCUGCAGUUUGCCCGCGGCCACCCGUUGAUGUGGCGCCCGGUGCAUCCCGCUCUGCGCCAGCCUGUGCUUGUCAAGGCGAACAUUCCUUACAGGCUGAAACAAAUCGUGGUGGACCGGGUCGAGGCCGAGGACGGGCAGUACGACGUCAUGUUCAUCGGCACAGAUGUUGGCACAGUAUUGAAGGUCAUAGCCUUGCACAGUGGGAACAGCCUGGACACGGAGGAGGUCACGCUGGAGGAGCUACAAGUCUUCAAAGUACCAACUCCAAUUACAUCGAUGGACAUAUCUGUAAAAAGGCAAGCGCUGUACGUGGGCUCUCCAGCCGGCGUGGCGCAGGUCAAGCUGCACCGCUGUGAGACCUACGGGAAGGCCUGCGCCGAGUGCUGCCUGGCCAGAGACCCUUACUGCGCCUGGGACGGGUCACUGUGCGCCAGGUACAUGCCCAACAGCAAACGGCGCUUCCGCAGACAGGACAUCAGGCACGGAAACCCUGUGCUGCAGUGUGUGGAUCAGAACCUCAGCGAGGACUUUGAUGUGACAGAAGACAGGGUGGUGUAUGGGACCGAGAACAACAGCACCUUCCUGGAGUGUGUUCCUCGCUCGCCACAAGCUACGGUUACAUGGCUCAUCCAACGAGAAGACCGCAAGGAGGAGGUGAAACUGGACGACCGCGUGAUGUCCACGGAGCAGGGCCUCCUGUUUCGUCGACUCCUCCACCAGGACGAAGGCGUGUACAUCUGCCGCUCUCGAGAGCACGGCUUCACACAGACCCUGGCCCGGCUCCCCCUCGAAGUCCUCCAGGGGGACACCGUGGACGAGCUCAUGGCCCGCGACGGCGCCGGCCUCUCCGAGUCAUUCAAGGACCGGUCCGCGGGGAGCUACAGGGCCUGGAUGCCUUGCAGUGCGUUCAGCAGGGGCGGCUCAUCGGGCCAAAUCGGCCAAUCGCGCACAUGGUUCAAGGACAUCAUGCAGCUGAUUGGGUCGUCGAACCUGCCGCACGUGGAGGAGUACUGCGAGAGGAUGUGGUGCAACGACAAGCUGAGGAGGAAACACAAGGGCAUGUUGGAGAAGUACCGGCAAGCACAGGAGAGCGCCAGGAAGGCGCGAGGCAAGAGCUCCGGCGAACGCAACCGGACGCCGAGAGAUCUCAGCGCGUGGGAGGAGUAACGGAGGGAAGGCAGGU